CUUGUUCCAGCGCUGCAGCAACGCAAUGUGUUACCCCGGGGGAUGGUUUCUAUGCCCACUGGAACAUGGCAUUCCCCACAAUUAAUUACUACAUAAAUACCAUGUCGGGGAUGCCAUUGAAGUUACAGCCUUUCUCUUAACUGCAGCAAUGACAGAAGAAGCUUAUCUCUAGAAUUUUCUGAGGAUGCUGUUUCAUUUCUAUUUCAGUUGCCGGGCCCCUCUCUGUCACGGGCAUCCUGAGGAUGUUCUGUAACUUUUGGGGCCAUGUAUUCUUUGGGAAAGACCAAAGUCUCGGGGUGUUCAUUCUCCCCUGCAGGAGCUGGCCUCACCCCGCUUACCUUAUUUUGAAUAACCAGAUACUACAUUAGAAAAAAAGUGUUAUCGUGAUUGUAUGUUUGAAAGGACAUUGGGCCACGUGUGCAAGCUUUUAGUAGUAGACAAGGGUUACGCACUUGUCAUUCUUUGUAUUUCAAAAUUGGGUAUUACAAAGCUGCUGGGUCCUUUGGAUCCCUUCUGCAUGCGGCUUUGUUGAGGAAUUGUGCAUAGAAGUCAGUAACUGUGUGUCUGCCUCCUAAAGCUGUUGCUUUGUGUAGACAGACCAGGCAGCAAAUAGAUCUUUAGGUUGGGAUGGCAUCUUCUCAGGUUUUUUGAGCUCAAGGAAAAUGUGGUUGGCCAUGUGAAACAAGGAACUGAAACUGCAUCACCAGCAAGUACCUUCUGGUCCACCAGUGACUGAGCAGGUAGAAAAGAAUAGUAAAGAUGUGAGCAAGAAAUGUGCAGUGUACCACAGGGUGUUAUAGGAAUAAAUGAAGAAAGAAGGAAGAAAGGAAAGAAAGAAGGAAGUUCAUAAGAAACUGAGUAUCACCUCCAGGCAGUGCCACCUUUUUCCCCCCAGUGGAGCUGUAAUCUGACUUUCUUUAGAUCUCCAGGGUACAGCAAUUAGAAAUUCCAGCAAUUGCAAGUUGAGAGCAUGUUUGGAAAUUGAACCACUGUUUUAACUACACAGCUGAGUGAAGAUGUGGAGCGAGCAUCUGAAAACCCAACAGAUGAGAGAGAAGGAGAGAUGGAAGUGCAUGAAGACGCCAGCUCUGUUAUUCUACCAGAUAGUGAACUGGGUACCACUGCCCCUUCCUUGCGUUUCAGCAAGACCUGCCUAAAGAAUGUUUUUUCAGUAAUUCUCCUGUUUAUUUAUCUGCUGCUCAUGGCUGUAGCUGUGUUCCUUGUCUACCAAACCAUCAGUGACUUCAGGGAGAAGCUCAAGCACCCAGUGAUGUCAGUCUCUUACAAGGAAGUGUCCUUGUAUGAUGCACCUGGUAUUGCCUUUUAUCCAGGCAAGGCUCGGCUGCUGAGCUGCAAGCAUCAUUACUAUGAUCACAUUCCACCUCUGGUCAAUCCAGGUCAGCCAGGAGACAUUGAAUGCAUCACUCAGAGAAUCAACUACACAGAUCCUUUUACUAAUCAAUCUAUGAAGAAUGCUUUGGUUGUUCAAGGCCCUCGUGAUGUGAAGAAAAAGGAACUGGUGUUUUUGCAGUUUCAUUUAAAUGGAACAGACCAGGAUUUUAGUGCCAUUGACUACCUUCUGUUUUCUUCUUUCCAAGAGUUCAUCAACAGUCCAGAAAAAGCAGAAUUCAUGAAGGACUGUGAAAGUUCAUAUUCCAGCUGGAAGUUUUCCGGAGGCUUUCGAACCUGGGUCAAGAUGUCCUUGGUGAAAACAAAAGAAGAAGAUGGCAGCGAGACUGUUGAAUUCAAACAAGAGACCAGCGUGGUGAACUACAUUGACCAGAGAACUAAACCAAGAAGUGACCAGCUGUUUUUUGUGGUAUUCGAAUGGAAAGAUCCUUUCAUACAGACUGUGCAAGAUAUUGUCACAGCAAACCCCUGGAACAUGAUUGCUCUCCUCUGUGGUAUCUUCCUGGCUCUGUUCAAGGCAGCGGACUUUGCGAAGUUAAGUGUGAAGUGGAUGAUCAAAAUCCGAAAGAGACAUCUGAAGAGGAGUCAUCAAGUAAGGAACCACAUAAACUGAGCCCCCGCAGGCUGCCCUUGAACUGCUCACAGCAGAAGGGAUAGAGAAUAACUGGAAUAAACUUCAAUCAGCAAUUCCAGCUGCGGAGCAGGUAUGUUUGCUUCCAGAAGAGCCACGGCUGGAGGAGCAGCCUCAGGAACUGGCCUCUCAACUUCAGAAAGGGGCUUAACUCUAGGACAGGUCUAACCAACUCACGCUUUUCUAGUCCAAAUUUAACAAGUGUACCUCAGGCUAUGGGGGACCAGGAGGGAAGGAGAGAAUUCAGCCACGGGCAGAAAAAUCUGUGGUUAAGGUUUUAAAAGAGGGGCAGUGUUUGAAUGUGUCUCAGCACCAAUGAGCAUUCAAGUGCUGCAGGAGCUGUGUUUUGCAGCUGCUCCCCUCACACAGUUACUGCUGUGACCGGGUUUAGUGGAAGGUAAAGCACUCAACAGCAGUCUGGCCUCCCCUCUCCAAAGUGUGUGUUCUAACAAAAUACACUGGAAUUCUAGUACGUGGUGGUUUUGAUUCCAAGUAGAGUGACUUUAAUAUUAAAAAAGUACUUCCAAGAAGAUCCUGUGUGCAUUCUUUGAAAGCACCUGUGCUCAGAUGCAGCUUCACAGCUGCUCCAGGCAGGAGAAGUACUGCAGGAGGAUGAGGUGAGGAACAAAAACCUGUUCCUGAUGUGUCCAGCUCAAAGGGAACUCGAGCAGCUCCGUCCUUGGCCAUGCGAGCAGAGGGUGGAUUUCCAAGUCCGGCCCAGGCUGUUGCUCUUCCCUCUUUCCCCCAGUCUUUGCUGAGGAAGUGAAAAGGUCUUUCAGGAGCCGGGCAGUUGGCUGUGCUCCUGCACCACCCAGGCAGUGUGUGCUCACGAACCGUGCUGGUGGCAGGGCUGCUGCUUCCUUGCAAGUCCCUCCAUUGUCUGGAUGCCCAGCUCAGACCUGUGGAGCCUGCAGGGCAGCAGGGCCUGUGGUGUGUUUGCUCCAAAGGCUUUGGUGCAAGGAGAGGCGCAUGCCAAGUCCUGUUCUGCUGCUUCCAUCCUCUACUAACAGAGUAUUAAUACAGCAGUAAGCAUAUCAAAAGUACCCCCCCUUUUCCUUUUGGCCUUUGAAGGAAGCAUUUGGGAACAAAUGCUUAAACUGAAACAGGGGAAGUUCAGGUUAGAUCUAAGGCAGAAGCUCUUCCCUGUGAGGGUGCUGAGGCGCUGGCACAGGGUGCCCAGAGAAGCUGUGGCUGCCCCAUCCCUGGCAGUGUUCAAGGCCAGGUUGGACACAGGGGCUUGGAGCAACCUGCUCUAGUGUGAGGUGUCCCUGCCCGUGGCAGGGGGUUGGAACUGGAUGAUCUUAAGGUCCUUUCCAACCCAAACCAUUCCGUGAUUCUAUGAUUCUGUAAGAUCUUCUACUUUCAGCUGAUUUCCAGAGGAAAUCAUGGCAGUGCACUGACCAAACACAGCUAAACAAGGGAGCAACAACAAAGCCACCCUCCUCACCACACCUGAAACCCAGCAGCCUUCACCUCCUUCCACCACUCCUGCCACAGAUCGUUCAGAGACUUGGGUGGUUAAAAGGUGGUUUGUAAAAGCCCUUCUAAUUCUCCUGGUCUUUGUGAACACAAAGAUGUGAUGUACAGCACUAAAUACAAACAUAAAGACUUUAUUGAAUGCUGCUCAAUUCCCCAAAGGUCUUUCAUUACAAAAGUUUUCCACACAACUGCAAUUGAAGAGAUUGGAAUGGUACUCUGAUAAAAGAUGUGAAAAAUACUUGAUCAAGUAAACAGACAAGACUUCUAUUGUCAGCUUUCCACUGGUAAGAAACAGACUGCAUUUUCUUGAAAGAAAACAAGGAACUAUUUAUUGACAUCCUUCCCUCCUUACUAAAGUAUUAAUAAUCCCAAUUUUGGUCUCAUUCUUCAGUCCAUGAGAUGCUAAAUCUAAUGCAGAGACAUCCCCGAGCACCACUCCGCAGGGCAUCCUCGGGCUGGUGAGGAGCAUCAUUGAUGGGCUCUAGGGGAAGCUCCAUUCUCGGCUGUAGCAGGAGGAAAUCUCUAAGCAGCCCAGGGCCAGGAGGCAGCAAGAACGGGGUGGAGGCACUCGCCAAGGGGUAGCUUAGACACACGGAGCACCCAACCUGUUGGAGUUGACUUUCCCUCCUUACCUUGCCUCGUUCUAACACGAGCAUUAGAUAAAUCUAGAUCCCAAUCCAGUCAGGACUUCCAGGACAGCGCCGUAUCCCAGUUCCUCCUGCUGCUGCCAGGGGCACAUACCGAGUAUCUCGAGUUACUGGUAACGUACCUUGGUUUUAUUUGAGAAAAUACAGCACAACUAGAAGCCUUUUCUAUCAUCUUAACCAAAGUAUGCAGCGAUGUGAAAAGCACAUAGAAAACAAGGAAAAAUGUGUACAGAGCAAACUCUACCACCUAUGUGCAACACAAUCAGAAAUUCAAGUCAUAAUUCUCACCACUCCCGUAAGAAUUUCACUCAUUAAAGGAUGCUAAUUCAGGCCUAGGAAACGUUGGAGGUGACAGGAUACCGAUAAUCAGACAGGUUUACAAUAUGCUGUGGUAUGACAUCACUCAACUGCUGUAUUGAAAUUCAGAUCUUUACAUUUGCCAGAGGGAAAUAAAAGUGGCUGCUGCUGUUA